AUGGCGUCUGACGGCGCUGUCGACCCGUUCUUCGUGCCGACCACUGAGGAGGAGCUGGAGGAGUACGGCACAGAGGCCGGCGGCCCCACCAACCUGGCGCGCCGCCUCAUGGACGCCGUGCGGCGGCGCAAGGGGCUGCCUGUUGAGGAGAAGGUGGUCAAGGUGGCCACGAAGCAGCGCACCCUCAAACGCAACGUGUAA